AUGAGGUCCUACCCAAGCACCAGAAAAUUCGAUGCCCUCUGCGAAUUCCUCCAGGAGCGCAGACACAAGAUAGAAAACUACAUCGCCCUCAGGCAAGAGGUUGUGUACAUGUUACAGCAGGGACACCUCAAAGAGCUGCUGAGCGACAACGAGAGAAACAACUUCGCUAGAGGUCGUGAAUGCCAAGAACAGCCAAAGCCACCAUCACUAGCUCGCUCCAUCAACAUGAUCAUUGGUAGCAGCGAUGAUGCCUCCAUGAACGGCACUAAAUUCACUGCCACUCAAAAUCUCAAAAGAUCUAUCACGUACGAGCAGUAUGACGAACUCGAAGAAAGUAUCAUCUUCGAUGAGUCAGAUGCAGGCGGUUUAACUUUCCCUCACAAUGAUGCUCUCGUCAUUACUUUACGAAUUUUAGAUAUUGAUGUCAAACAUAUCAUGGUAGACGAUGGGUGUGGAGCGCAGAUUAUCCAUCCCCGAGUCCUCACCUAG